AGAUGUGUUCUCCCAGGGAGCAUGGCGCGGGUUGUGUUUAGGAUGGACUCCCUGCGCUGCUGGACCAGGAGGUAACAGCGCAGAUUUCGCUGGGCUCUCACCGACUAACAGUGACGGAGUGACGGUUAGGAAAAGUAUCCCGCAAUGGGCGACAACCUGGCCCGUAGAGCGGCAGCCCGUCCGAGGAGGGUGUCUGCUGCAGCGGUGCUGGGCGCUAAUGUUAGCCUGCAAGAUGGCGAGCUAAUGGAGGUCCACCCAGCUAGAGAAAGUCAACCAGGACCGGACAGACUGAGUGCUGCUGCCGGGAGGAUGGAGAGGAGACUCUCGGGACCGCAAGCGGUCCACCAGAAACAUAUGCCGAUUAAUCCUCAGCAGUUUCACAUCCCGAGGAAAACCAAGGAAAACAGAGGUAGGCUGCUCCUCAUCCUCCCUGAAACUCUGGCAUAUAAGCAGAGCAACCGUUUACUCAUCCUAAAUAAAUCCGUUUUUAUGGGUUUUAUCGGAGGAAUUAUCAGUAGUUUAAUCAAACAAAGACGGUAGGCUUUAAAAUCUAGGACUGAUAAUUCGUUUCCGACGACAGGCAACAUAGACAUUUAUUAUAAACAGCUUUCAGUGUUGUUGAUGUGGGAGACUGGGUAUAUUACUGUUCACUCCAUUGCAGUCAUUAUUGUCCUAAUUAUUUUUAAAGCUCUGUGUCAUUAAACCAAGCUGCCUAUUAUGACAGUAACAGAAAUGUGAAAAAGAACCAUAUAUUAGUCGUUUGUUAGCUAGCAGUUAGCCUGCUAACGUUAACCGUUUGUGUCGGUUUUAGACAUCUGUGUUUCUUGACAGCUAAACUUAGAUGAGUUGAAGAGUGACGGAAGAUUAACUUUCGUUUAUUUCUGCGUCUGAAUCUUGAUUUUUGAUUAAACUGGCGCCGUUUUACCUCAGUAGAGUCAGGUGUUACCCGGUAACCGCCUCUCCGUUUGUUUAUAUCCUAAGCUGUCUUUUAACAUGAUGGUAGACUCUGUUAAAUCAUAAGAAUAAACCAAAAUAUACAAGUUAGGUAUCUUAUUUGGGUUAUAAACCUUACUAUAUGGACCGGUUCAUAUAAACACAGUUUCCAGUUAAAAGGGUGCUGGUGAGAAGUCUUCUCAAGGGGCGGGACAGAUUUUUAUGUGUCAAAUAGAUGUGCCGAUAUACGAUUUAAUCGCGAUAUGCGAUAUUCAACGGCCGCGAUUAUGAUAUCUAAGGUACUGUAAUAAUCGUUCCACAAAUAUAAUGUAUAGACGAGUGGCAGGGUCACUGAGUGGAGGCGAGCGACGCCGACUACUUACCCACCUAACCUGCUUGUAGUCUUACCAAUGGUGUCAAAGCCUCGGUUGCAAAAUGUACAAACAAACCCCCACAAAAGUAGUCCCAAAUCCAAAACAAACUCUCUUAUUAAGAUUAUUUAGAUUCAAUUAAGUACACUAAUGCCAGCCUAACAAAAACGGGAACAUGAAAAGAGAAAAUGAAGAAAUUUUACAACAACAUGCGUGGCCAUCCACUAUGCAUUGCGGCCACCCAAAGCACUAUUGGAGCAUGUCCACAAUGCAUCCCAUCCGCUCAUUAGCUUCUUAAAGUGGAGAAGAUAUGAUCUGAUAUUUUAAAACACGAGUAUUGGAUCAUGACAACAUGUCAAAUGGAGCAGCAAACUUUGGAUUAUUGUAUCAUCCUAUUAUUGUAUAGGAUGAUACAAUCCCAUAUUGUAUCCUCCUAUUAAAAAGGUUUCGUCGGCAGUAUGGAUGUUUAACGGCUUCACAAAACAGACGGAGCAGGUAAACCUGACACCAAUCUGCAGGUUAUGCUGUAGGGAAGUUGCAGCACCAUUGUCUAACACUUCAAACCUACGUGCCCACCUCCGUGAACACCAUCCAGCAAAUCAAGGUAAAAACGUGACAACAUGACAACGUUAGUGACGUUCCUGCUAAGAAAUGCUCCCAACGUCGCGUUAGCUGCCUCUUGCUCAUAUUGUUUGUGCGUGUCGUGCUGUGCAGAGAGAAGUGAUUUUGCAUUUUUUUUGCCAUUUUUAAUAACAUUAAAAGCAAUGCGCUAAUAUCGUGAUAAUAUCUUAAAUCGUGAUAUUUUGGGCCACCAAUAUCGUGAUAUCAAAUUUUUCAUAUCAGCACAUGCCUAGAUCAGAGUGGCUCUGAUCUGACAAGAUGGGACUGAAUUUUAUCCCAUCUUUAAGUUGGGUCUUUGUAAAGCCUAUUGAGAUAACAUUUGUGGUGAAUUUGCAUGAUAUGAAGUUUGUUUGUUUGUUUGUUUUUUGACUGAUCACAGAGAGAAAAAGUAGAACAAGUUUAAAAAAUCAUGUACGCUGUGAAAAGCGAAACACAACAGAAUUAUAUGCAGAAUAUUAGCUGUGUGAUCAGUUUAACUGCAAACUCUGUGAUCACACAUACACAGCACCUGUCUCAGGUGUUCCAUCUGAUCCCUCUCUUGCACACUGAGGGAUGCAGCCGCUCCAGUCUCCUGAGAAUUUCUGCAUAGUCAAGGGUUCAAGCCUCCUCUCAUUAUUAUUGGGGCACGCUCACAGGUUCUUUCUGGGCCUCCCAGAUGGCUAAACCGUCUGUCGGCCUUAACGGUGAGGAGGCUCACCUGGAAGCCUUGUGAACCAGCAGCACUGAGAUUGUUUGUCAUUGUUCGUAAAGUAAAGCAAAUACAGUUUGUGAGGUGCUCAGGUUAGUGAGAUUUUAACUGAGUAGUAGCAGUGAUUUGUGGAUUAAGUUGACCAGCACUGACAGUUUAGUCCCUCAUAAGCACUGGAGUUGAAGGAUGGUAUUUGUCAGGUGUUAAAAAUCUUCAUCCUGUGUUUUCCUUUGGUUCUGGACCCCGAAUCUUCUGCAAAGCGAGUGACAAACAUCAUGUGACGGAUGUAUUUCUUGAUUUGUUACCUCAUGCUUCAUGAAGUAACAAAUCAAGAAAGGUCAAGGAAGUGCUCAGGCUGGAUGCACACAGCCGCUCCCUCGAGUCCCCCCUUUUUUAAGCUGUUACAGACAGACUUACACUAACAGCUGUAAGUCGUAUGUCACUUCUUCGUACAUUAGUUUCCGCCUGUGACUGGUUGUCAAAAAUAGAUUUCACCUUGUCCUUUAAGGAAGUUAAGAUGAGUAUCUGAGUCUCAGACGCCAUCAGUAAUGUCGAGAAUAUCUGUGAAGUUGACUGAGUGGUUUUGUAUGUCCAGGAUACUGGUUCAUCUCUUCCUGUAUAAAAAAAAUCUUUGUUAUUAUGAUGUCUGAGAAUCUUUGAGCAGGUAAUGUCCUCUGUUAUACGAUCAUUUGGCACAAACUAAGGCCAAAGUAAGAGAUCGAAAGGUUUUGUGAGGAGAACUGAACCUCUUUGAUCGAGCUGCAGCAUGUGAGUCAAACCCGAGUAUCUGACUCAAAACUGCUGCCAAACCUUCAAUGUAAAAGCUGAUGUUUUAUACUUCAGAGGCCUUUAUAGUGACACAUGAAUGUUUUUGCUUUUGUCAUUACUUGUCCAAUACUCGUAUAGGCUGCAGUGCUAAGGCUCCUACUGCACAACUUGGACCUGAAGUGUAACUUUUAGACUGCUGCCUUUUUUAAAGGAUUUUUGUUUGUAUACCUUUAAAAAAUGGUGGAAGUGGGUGGUCUGGGUUUUAGUGUAGAAGAGGUGCCGGUUUGAUUUGUUGUCGGUUCCAAAUAGUGAAUCAAAGCUGUAAUGGCAGGCUCUGGUGUGACAGCUUUGGUUCUGUUGUUGUAACACUGCUCCCCCGUUCUGUCAAAGUGGUUUUCUCCUCUCGAGGGCAGACCUGACAAACCUUGAAUCUUUACUUUUCACUUGUAUGCGCCAUGAUGCUGUUAUUUCCGUAAAAUUUAGACCUGCAAAUAAAUUGUAAGAUGUUUUUUUUUUCUUUUGCUUGAAAUUAACAUGAACCUCCUCAUGAGCUCGUGUUUUAUCUGGUCGCCGUAAAUUUGACCACAUUUCCCUGAUUUUAGCCUCUCUUCACUGGCUUCCUGUGCGUUUUAGGAUUGAUUUAAAAAUGUUGUAAUUAACUUAUAAAUCUUUAAACGGGCUUGCUCCUUUUUAUCUCGCUGACCUUUUAAAACCCCAUAUCUCAUCAGUGCCUUCUGACUGUCCCUGGGUCAAGAUUAAAGUUCAGGGGUGACCGGCCUUUUUCCGUUGCUGUGCCUAAGCUCUUGACUGCUCUUCCCCUUCAUGUCUGACUGUCCCCCUCACUGCCUGUUUUUAAAUCAGAUUAGAAAACUCACUUUUACUCUUUGGCUUUUAACUCCUGAGAACUUGGCCUCUUAAUCAUGUUUUUACUGAACCAUCUAUGUCCCCCUGUUUUUAAUGUGUUCCUGUGUCUUUGUUUUAUUGUUCGUGUUAAUUGUCUGGCUCUUUUUAUUUUGUUUUUAAUCUUACUGUACAGCACUUUGGUCAGCGCUUUGUUGUUUUUAAAUGUUCUCUAUAAAUAAACCCGGAUUGGAUUAGAUUGGAACCUCCUGAACAUGCGUUUCUGUGCAACACUUCUAACCGCUGGGAUCGUUUCUCUGAGAUAAAACCACUUUCCAGUAUUUCCUUCAAGCAUUUCUUUAUUUUGACCCAGUAAAGAUUAAAGAUUCAUUCAGAUAAAGAUUCAUUUGAAGAGAACUUUUGUCUCCUGAAGUUCAGUUACAUGAAAUCUCAAAGUGUUUAAUGAGUCGAUGGAGUCAUUUAGUAAAACAGAAGGAAACUCAGAGCAGCAGCAGAAGUCCCCACAGUCCAGACUGACCUCCCUGUCCCUCCCUGUGUGUCUCUGUCUGUGUUUUUGUCAGAUCUGUUCCAUCAUGUCUCCACUGUGUCCAGAGAGUAUGAAGACAUGAUGACUAUCCUGACCUCCAGUUACAUCGACACCACCUCUGCCAGCUGCUUCACCUACAGCACACCCCGACUGGUCUACAGCGAGCUGCUGGAGAAAGAGGUGGGAGACAGAAACCGUUUAGAAGUCAAACACAGAUGAUCAAGUUCAGGUAGCAGGGCUUGACACUAACUUUUUUAGAAGGAGCACAUGUGCUCCUAAGUCGAAAAAGUAAGGAGCACACGAAGAACUUUUGGGGCACAAUGAAAAUUGAUCAAAUAACGUUUUUCUUAUUGGUCGACAUAAGUACGAUGAUUUAAAAUCAAUUUUAGGUCAAUUGGUCUCAUGACAUGGAAGCUAUUGAAGGAAAACAGCCUUCUCUGAGAACAACAGGUAAUUUAUUGACGGUCCCUUAUUCAACACCCAACGUUGACAGUGAGGGUGUCGAGUAGAUUUAACCGCGCUGCUGUUGCUAUUCCCGGUUAUGGAGAGAGAGAAGACACCGGUAGAUCCUCAGAGAAUGUCCGUUAAAUAUCCAACAUAAAACUAACUUCACCGCCGUAUUUACAUGAAAAAACAUUUGUUUCCUCAGCUGAUUUUUUUUUUUAUGUGCACAUGUGCGUCUUAAUACGUUUUACGAUUCGCACACAUCUAUUUUUAGUAGCAAGUGUGAGUGAAGUGGUCACACUGUCGAGCCUUGGGUAGUUUUUAUUUCUUUAUAUCACUGAAGUCAUCUGACCUGUGUUCAGUUUGACUGUCUGACUGAAGUUACUCUGAAGUAAAUCUAGAUUAAAGUGGGAGUGUCAGACCUAACUGUGGAAAUUCACGUGUGACACAGCUGAAGUUGGGAAGCUGUUCUGUGGAUUUGAGUCAUUAUUGAUAUGACAGGAGGCGCCCUAAGAAUUCAUUCACAUUAACAUUUCGUGCAGCAACAGUGGUGACUACACAUCUGUCAGACUGUCUUUGUGAGAACAGUUAUCUCUUACUGAAGUCUCAGGUUUUGUGGAGCCCCAUCACUCAAAGAAAGCGUGGACAUGUCGAACUUGUUCUGUGCUAAACCUCUAUAUGUGUGUGUGUUUCAGUUUGUGGAGAAGAGGAGAGAGAUGAAGGCAGAUGGGAGGACUGACAAAGAGCUGGAGGAAAGCUACUGUUUCUUAUUGGCUGAUGCUGUGAAGGUGAGACUCACCCUGUGGUUUUGGUUUUUGGUUCGUAUUAAAGGUGAUGGUUUUAUGUCUCUGACCACUGAAGUCUCAUUUAGCCGCUUUCUCAUGCUCACAACCCGAUUUUAAAGAUAUUUAAGAACUUGAAAGUUGAUCAGAGUUUGUCAAAGAUCUUUAAUGCUGUAAGAAAAGAAUGAUAAAAGCUCAUAGACCGAUUGGCUUCUGUUGAGACUGAGAGGAAUUUCUGUGGACAGACUUCUGACCACUAUGAUAAAGGGAAAGUGAAGUUUGUCAGUUUAUGAUCAUUUCCCAUUUAGAUUCAAACGAUGAAGGAGUUUCUCAUAUUCCUGAUGAACUGUGUGUUUCAGACGCCCUUGUUCUGUGAGAAUGGGUUGUCGGUGGGUCAUAGCCGGAUCACGGUUUUGGGAAACCCCUCAAAAGGUAGGAGUGAACAGAAACAGGCUGGUGGACAUGCAGGGUCUGAAAUCAGGUUUUAUUUCUGUUGGUAUAAUUCCAGCCGCUAAAGGUUUGAACCAAAAUACUCAUCUACUCCAAAAUACGCUGAGUUUGAACACAUUUUUCAACUCUAAGAAACAAACUUGAACAAAUGUGAAUGUGACUUGAGAGUCAAAUAAAGUGAAUUUCAGCCCCUGCAGACGUGUCUGAACACAUUAAAUGUUUAUAUUUUGCUGAUAAGAGAGUCAUAAAUGUUGAAGCUGAUUUUUAUUUUAUUUUUGUUUGUUUGUUUGAGUGGUUUCUGUGAGAUAACUCAGCUGUGGACGUAAAAAACUCACUGAAAAUAAAAUAAUACUCUUUGAGAACAAAAAUGGAGCUGUGAGUCUCAUGUUGUUCUUGAAUGCUGGUGUCCGUAGGAGUCUACUUGUCCAGGUACUCAGACCUGCUCCAGAUGACCCCCAUGACUCCUGGAUGUACAGGAGAGAUCAUCAUCUUCAAAGUGAUGAAGGUCAGUCAUCUUGGUCGCUAUUGUUUGAAUCCCUGUUGGAGAAUCUUCUUUUUCUCAGAGACGUGGUUUUACAUUAUUUUUUUUAAACUUGAUUCUUUAGUUGGAAGCUUAAGAACAAACCCGAGAAAUCUUCAGUUCACAGAUUGAACAUUUAUUCAGGUCACAUGUAAAGUCAGGCAGCGCUGGGCUCGGACUGAAGGAGCUCCUGCUGGAUCCCAGUCAGGGCCAGCGGUCGUUUCCAGGGUUGUUUCACCGUUAUCUCAUUGGCCAGUUAUCUCUGACGUUAACAGGCAAACCACUGUUCACGUGGUCCUACUAACAUCCCACUGAGCAACAGACGGCUAUUAGACGUCUAGUUUUUUUUUAGACAUACGUUCAACCGUCUAGAUUCUGUAUAUUUUUAGACAGAAUUUAGAUGUUGCACUUUAACCCAUAAUUCGAUAUCUAUUUAUUUCAAAAAGCAUCUGUGAGUAGCAUAACUGACCUCUAAGUACUCAACCAAAAUAAUUAUGAUAGCCAUUGAGCAGUAUACAGUUAGACCUCUGUUAGCUGGCUGGUCUAAACUUCAAAAAAAUUUUAGACUUGUAGUAGCCUGAUUUUAGACCAGUCAUCUAGGCUACAUUUAGACGUCUAUUAGACCUCUUUUAGACCAAAAAAUGCUCAGUGGGAUGUGCUGUGAAAUAGGCGUGGAUCGACUGAAGCAGACCUGUCCUGCAGAACAAGAGAGCCCAGUGGUUCCUCAGGUUCCUGCUUAUUAAGCUAAAUGUCACACUGCUUUGAUUAGUUAAAAAAAACAUUCAUUAAGUCACAGGAGUCCAGUGGAAAAGAACGAAUCAGAAUCUAGAAGCACUUAUUCAUACGUUGCACCUCACCAGUCUGGUCCUCUGUUUGUCUGUUUGACAUGAUUCAGUAGGACUGAAGCAUUAUGGGAUGUUAGUGAUUUUUCUCUGCUUCAGGGCAAAGUGAAGAGUAUGUACGAAAACAUAAAGAACCUUCUGGAUCCGACGCCUCGCUUCGACAGCCACAUCUCCAAGAACAUCAGCAAAGUCACCUCAGUCAACAGUUACCGCGCCUUCGAACUCACACAGGUGAGUAGACCCACACACACACACACACACGCACACACUUGAGAAUGAAUCCCGGGUUUAGACAGAACUGGUUUAUCAUCAGAGCUUCAUCGUUAAUCUUUUUUUCUGAAAGUUUUACUCACUCACUUUAAAUCUGUAAAAACAUCAUAAAUGGGUUUGAAUCAGGCGUCUGUAUCUAAUGAAUGACUCUAAUCUAGAGCCUAAAGCUCUCACCACCAGGCCACAUUCAUCAGAUUCUCUCUGAAGGUCUUUUUUCUGAUGUGUUUUAAGAAAAGCUUCACCUCCCUUGUUCGUUUCAGCAUUACUUUUACGAGUAUUCGUUUGAUGAGCUGCGGCAGAGACCUCGUCAGGUUUGUCCGUACGCCGUCGUCUCCUUCCACUUUAAGGGGAAAGAUUCCGCACUUCCCAGCAAACCUCUGGUCCCCAUCAGGUAACAAGAGCAGGAGAUAGUUCUGUAUGAAGAGUGAUGAAUGUUUGGGACAUAAAUAAACAACAACAUGCUGGUUUCUUUUGUUUUUUUUGUGCUAUUUUGCUCCUGACUUUAUGACGUGGUGUUUAUGAAUGUUUUAUGAAUGGUUUCAAUGUGUCAAAACUUGUAGAAUAAGCACAUAAACUGAAGCUUUGACCACAACAACAAAUAUCUGAUUGUGACAUACUGUUUUUGUACUUUUGUUUGAUGGACAGGUCAAACAGCCAAUCAGCAGAGGGGAGGAAAGGUGAGCCCUGAUAUUCUUCAUGAAACACACCAGAGUUGAUAUUUCCAGCUCAAACCUGACUCUGAUUUAAGCCCUCCUUUCUUUCUUCCUCUAUUGGUUAAUUGUGGUUUUUGUUUUCAGAGCGUGCUCAGUUCACUGUGUGGUCGGGAGAUUUGGUGAAAGGUGAAAAGGUUCUCUACCAGAUCUCCCUGCGCUCCUUCUCUCCUCCUCUUCUUCCACACAAACUGUGAGUAACUCUGUCUUCUGCAGCUCUUUUAAUGAGAGCCUGUUCAGAUCUUGGACAUCUUCCACGAUCUUCUGUAUGUCCUUAAAAACGUUAUCGUACUGUCUGCCUACCUCAGACCAGAGAAACUGGAGAUCGGCUGGUUGAUGAGACUCGACAAAGUGACUAAGCUCCUCCCCUCAGACCUCUUCUCCUACAACCUCUACAGCAGCAGCCAAGAAGGUGAAGUCCAGGCAGCUCUUCCAGUCAUGGAGAGAGUCUUUGGCAUGUGUUUCUGUAACCACAGCUCAGUCAGAACACAAGUGUAACAGGAAGCUGUGUGGGUGUGUGUCUGUGUGUGAUUUCCUUUGUGUAGUUGUGAAGAGCGGUCAUUCCUGCAGCCUUCUGGAGGUGACAGACAGAUUUCGGUCGACGACCAGCAUCACGAAGCUGCUGCACGAGCUGGAGAAGAACCGAGUGGUGAGUCUGGGGUCUUCUAAAACUGUGGACCAGGUUGGUUUGUCAGCAGGUGUGAGACAGAAGAGCUCCACAAACAAUGUUUCAAAACAACACAGGCUUCAAACAGCAGUCGAGUUCUUAACUUUCCUCAUUGACAGAGACAUCCAGACCUUUAUUUCAGACCGGUUUACAUUCAGGCCGGACCUUUUCCUUUUCCUCUCUAUCAUUUAUCGCCAAUUUGAUGAAACGUGGACUUAAACAGAGGCCCAUGUCUUCAUCUGUAAAACCCUUUUCUCAUGCUCUCACACACCUCCACCUUUUAAACCAAUCAAAUCCCGUGCCUGCCUCCUACACGUUCAUGUCGACGGCGAGCAUUUGCCCUGAUUUAAUGCGUAUAGCCGAGCUGGAGAAUGGCAGAGAAACUACCUAUACCCAGAUUAAUGGUGACUGCUCCUCCUGCUAAAAACGCAAGAAAAGAAAGACAGAGGCAGAGAAGGCCGAAGCAAGACAGAGUUUGGAGAAAGCAAGAGCGAAAACGAAAGUCAACAUGGGGACAGCUUCUCAGUGAUGGAGAAAACUGAAAGAGGUCAAGGGCUUUAAAAGUGAUGCCAUGGUCGCUCAUUUUCUGUUAGGAAGGAACGUUGAGGAUUUGUUUCAGGGCGAUUUUCAGUCUUGAUCAAGUAUUUAGCCAUGUCGCUAGUUAUGUGGUCAUCCUGAUGCUAAUAUUACCAUCUUUGUCCCUGCUGUGCAAAGACUUCCCAAUCUAAAGUCCCAAAGUUUUGAGUCUGUGGUUUUGAAUCAGCAGACAGCAGCGCUCGUGCAUGUGAGCAGGGGCGUUGUUGUGGAGGAGCUUCAGGGGAAGGGUGGAGGGGGGAGCAGUUAGACAAAGUCCUGAGGAAAUGCUACAUUCAGAUUCAUGCUAGUUUGUCGUGAUCGCCAACCCCUACCUUUAAGUGAAAAAUCAGAUUUACACUGACAGCUUAUCUGUGUCUCUGCAGGUUCUGGUGACUCCACUCACAGAGAGAGGUUUCCUCUUCCUGAUAUCCAGCGUUCAGAUGGCCACACCCCCGGGUAUGACAUCACACACUUGUGUUGUACUUGAACAAUAUAAAAACACCAAACAGUUGUUAAAAAGUGCGAAAACAGUGAAGCUCAAUGAUCUAAUCUUUUGCUUCUGUGUCCAAGUAAAUAACACCAGCUCGCCGUCAGUUACCAAAUAUAUGGAGAUGUACAAAAUGCCACAGGGUUCGAGGAUGUUUUUGGAUUGGUUGGAAGUUUUAAAUGUCAUGUUUGAUGGCAUAAGCUGAGUAAACCUUUUUUUGUGUUUUCAGAGAGGGAGGAAGGCUGGAAGAGGAAUCUCCAGGCUUUGUUUAUCUUUCCAGAGAACAGAGAUGUCUCCAAAUCUGGUGAGUAACACCUGCAGAGACUGCAGCAGGAGUCUCUCUGCAAAACCACUUAUUUAGGAUCAGAAUAAGUCCGAUUUUAAUUAGAGCCUUAAGUGGAACUCAGUGCUGGUUUAAUACCUUUUGAAACCAUCAAACCCACCAACAGCAGGAGGAUGUUUGCUGAAAUAUAAAAUACCACACAGAUUAUUUUUGGUCUUUAUUCAUGAGGAAGUUUGAAGUGACAGAAAAAAAUGGGUCAAUGGCAGCAGUAAUUCUGAUGUUCAGCUAAGAGUAGAGGGUCGGAGUCGAGUCCAGGACGCUCACGCGCUGCAGCCUCUGUGGUGUCUGCAGGGCUCCUGCUCCAUCAGCUGAUAUCGUCUCUUCUGGUAAAAUUCUGCAUCUGUAAAACCAGUUAGUUCUUUAAAAAAGUUAAAACUCGGCAAAGUAAAGAAGUAUUUAGAUUUUAAACAGUUUUAUUUGUAAUUGUUGAGUCAGUCAUUUAAAUGAAUGAGCCUUGAACUGAAACUUCAGCUCCACUUCUUUUUGCUCGCUCUCCUACAGAACAAAAAAACGGGUAUUGACUUAAACAUCAUCAUCAUCAUCUUCAUCAUGUUAAUACUGAUACUUGUUCUUGCUGCAGCAGUGAAGCCCACUUCCCAUGAUGCCCCUGUGCCGUCGAUAUCUGGUGGUCAGGUGAUGCCAAAGUUGAACCAGUUCAUCCCGGCGUUGCACCACGCUCUGAUCAAAGCCCGAGCCAACCCACCUCCAGAGCUGUCUGUGGGAGUGGAGCGCCAGGCGAGGGAAUACCUCAUCGGCCUGAAAGACGGGAAGGUAGGAGCAACACCGAUUAAAAAACAACUCUGGGUUAUCAGUCAGGAUUGAUCUUUUUUUUUACCUCAUUGGGCUCUGAAAGGAUCUUCUCUGGACUUUGAAACUCUUUGAGUUUUAACUGGUAAAUCUCCUGUUUUGAGAUUAAUGACAUUUUUGACAUAAAUCAGAUUUUCAUAUUUUGUCCUUUUAUGACAUCCAAAAGCAAACGUCAGCAUAACCACAUGACUUGUCAUUUAAUAUCUCAACAUUUUUGUACCAUGUGCAUCGUCCUGUUUUUUAAUGAUAACAAUAUGAUGUUUUUUUCACUUUAUUACUGUUUGUCUGUGCUCUUCAGGUGCGACAGUAUCCUUUAGGCGAGUAUGAAUCUGCCCCGGAUGACCAAGGAACACACGCCCCCAAACACCACCGAGUGAACAUGGACGGCUACCUGCGCUCCUACCUGUUCAGCCCCGCCCUCUACCUGCUGUCGGUGGCCCGGGCCCGGCAAAUGGUGGAGGCUCACUGCGGUCUGGAGGAUCCACGGGAGGCGAAGAUGAGGAGGAGUUCUGGAGGUCAGAGAGAGGCGAGCAGCAACAGUGGAGGAGGAAAGAACAACACCGAAAAGGUAAAACUGACAUCUGAGCAGCUUUCUUCAUCGUCAUGGCUUCGGUUUGGUGAAAAUAAACCCCCUCCUGCAGGUUCUGUUAUUCAGUCAUGUUCUCAAAGAAAUGUGCUCUUGUGUCGCUCAGAUGCAGCAGCUGAUCGACCUGGUGAUGACGUGUAAGAGGAACGCAGAGAACGAGGUGAAGAGAGAGGAAGCAGGAAGAGUGAAGGCGCCGGGGAUGAAGAGGAAGCUGGAGCAGGAGACGGCGGAGAGGGCUCUGAAAUUCCUGAAGGCCUCACAGGAGCCGGGAAGACCCAGCAACAUUCAAGGUGAAGAAGAUAUAGAGAAGCAGAAUCUGUCCCUGCAGGUCACACACCUCAUGAGGAGGUUCAGGCUCAUGUUCUCCCUGCUGCUAUCAGACACUUUAGCAUGGCUUCACAUAUUACUCUGUUCACUUCAAUGCCAGUACCACACACUGCGUACAUCAUAGCUGUCAAGUUUAAGUCUAGUUGAAUUCAACCAUUUCAUUAGUUUGCCAAAAAUACAACGUGGACAUUUUCUGAAUAACAUAGACAAGGGUUCAGGUUUUCACUGAGACUCAGAUGUCAUUUCAAACUGUUAGUCUUUAUUUGACUUCCAGAAAUGUGUUUUUCAGAUGUGCUUAUCUGCUGCCUUAUGUCAAUUUUUAUUUUCUUUGAAACUCCAAUUUUUUUCUAUGUUUGAAUUGAGUUUUUUCUGAACAGUCCUUUAUCGAUCUUUAACAGCUGUUUAUUGUUGUGUUUAUCUCUAACAGCUGUUUAUUGUUGUGUUUAUCUCUAACAGCUGUUUAUUGUUGUGUUUAUCUCUAACAGCUGUUUAUUGUUGUGUUUAUCUCUAAUAGCUGUUUAUUGUUAUAUUGAUCUCUAACAGCAGUUUAUUGUUGUGUUUAUCUCUAACAGCUGUUUAUUGUUGUGUUUAUCUCUAAUAGCAGUUUAUUGUUGUGUUUAUCUCUAACAGCUGUUUAUUGUUGUGUUUAUCUCUAAUAGCCGUUUAUUGUUAUAUUGAUCUCUAACAGCUGUUUAUUGUUGUGUUUAUCUCUAACAGCAGUUUGUUAAAGUAUGUCAGUGAUGUGAGUCGUAUUCUGACGUUUUUCUCUUCCUGCUUUUGGCUCUUAGUUGGAGAAAACCCUGCCCCCUCCUCCCCGGACUCUCUUUUGUCUGUGAUUGGCUCAGUGGGUCUGAAGGAUGUGGAUCUGAGGGAAGACGGAUCUGAACUAUCUGCACAUCUCCUCAACCUGCUGACAAGUAACUUCAUCCUUACAGCUGAAGAACAUUUCACCAUUAAUCAUUGAUCCCAUCAGCAUCAUCAACACUAAAACACAAUAUCAGAGAAAGGUAUUCUGGUGUUUUACAGACAUUUGUUGUGUUUGCUAACAGGCCUCAGCCAGGCUGCCAGAGGAACAGCCAAUCCAAGUCCAGGGCAAUUUCAGGAGGAGGGGGGGUCCUAUCCCUUUGACAGGUUGGCCACAAAGCUCGGUCUGCCCACCAACUGUGACAUCGACUUGAGGAGGCAGGAGGAGCUGGAGGUAACCGAAGAUUUCAGUCACAGAUGAACAAGUUUCAAGUCUUUUCUCUGAAAAUCCAGAAUCAGCGUUGAGUUUACAGCUGAACCGCUAAACAAACAGCUCCAACAUUUCUGUCAAACCUCAAUUAUGCUGAACUCUGAGCCUGAACAUGAUGCAACUGAAUCAUUCAAUUAUUAACCCCCUGAAGUUUUCACAAACACAGAAGUUAAAUUCAGAGACCAAAAUGUUUUUCUACACUUUUAUUUCUGCAGUAAAAACAAACAUUUCUCCCUUAAUGUUGGAUCCAGCCUAAAGUGGAGCCGUGAAAAAGUGCAGUUUUUACACAUUCGCAUUAUUAAGCACUUGAACAAGCAGCGACCAUCAACCCGUGUCGAGAAAUGUCUGUGCAGAUGUGAAAACAGAUUCACUUUCUCAGUGUUCGCCUUAGUUCUCCUUUUUCUGUAAUUAUAACUUCACUUUAGACCUUUGAGAGGAAAUGAAAAUAUUCUGAGAUGAAUGAAGUUUUCAGGUCUUUUGAGUAACACUGAGAAUCUGUGGUUUUAUAUAUUGGACUAAUGUUAAAUCCAAAUAAAUAAACACUUGUUUAAAGUUUUUAUGUAGGUAUCUUUUUGUUCUUGUUCAAACCCCCUGAUUCAUCCAACUGGAGGAGUUUAGAAAUCCCUGAUACAAAUCUCUUGAACGUUUAAGAUUUUUUUCAGCUCAUUGUCAGUCUGUUUAAGGGUGAGUGACAGAGAAAGAAACGGGGUGAGAGAGUGGGCAGGUCAUUUGGGGCAUAACUUCGAUUAUGGACCGCUCGUCCAAACCAGCUCCUAAAACGUGAGGUGUCUUUGUUUGUGUGUAGGAGCAGAUGGCGGGCAGCGUCAGCAGUUUGGAGGGUUUCAGCCCCAGUUCUCACAGCGGGGAGACGAACCACAGAGGAGGAGGAGGAGGAGGAGGAAGAGGAGGAGAGGAAGGUCUGAGGAGGAGAGGAGGAUAUGAAGAGGAAGAGGGAGAGUGGGAAAUCCCAUGGAUCCUAAUUCCCAUCACAGGUCUGUUUGUGUUUCAUGAAGUGUUAACAGUCAGAGUCAGCUGGAAAAUAUUCACACAACUUUUUCAUCAUGAGUCAGAUCAAACUGGAGUCCUCCUGUCUGCUUUGACAUCAUAGUAUUAGAGGAAAUCUAAACUUGAGACAGAGAGAGGGUUAACUAUCGGUUAUUUUGUGACAUAAUACUGAGAACCUGACCGUUUGAAGCUGCCGUAGAAAACCGAGGAGGGCUGUUAUUUUUUUUUCCCUGUCCUGUUUUUGGUGAAUAACGACGUAAAGAAGCAGAAGAUGAAGUUCUUCUGUGUUUGAAAAAACCGCAGAGACAAGAUGAUGUGAGUAAAAUCUGAACCCUGUGUGUGUGUGCAGGUCUGUGCUCGGAGAGGUACACCCAGAGAGACAGGAACAUCCCCCAGGACCCUCGCUUCCAGCACCUCCCCACACCAGCCAGCAUCACCAUGCCAACCAAACCUCAAAGGGAGAACGCCAUCCCCUCUCCCGAGCCCAGCCCUCCCCCCUCUCCCUUACAGUGCCCGUCACCUGACCCAAGUCCUCCCGCCUCGCCCUCUCAUUGCCCGUCCCCUGAGCCCAGCCCUCCCCCCUCCCCAUCUCUGUGCCCGUCCCCUGAGCCCAGCCCUCCCACCUCCCCCUCCCCACAACCCAGCUCCCCACCUUCCCUCUCUCAGUGCCCGCCCCGUCACCCUAGCCCUCCCUCAUUCAACCCCUCCAGGUGCCGGGCUCUUGGGUCCAAUGAGCUCAUUGGUGGUGCUAACGAGGAGCGCUUGGCCCCCUCAGCCUCCAGGGAGUCUGCAGGUAACCUCAACCACACAGUCAGUCCCAUGAUGCACCUGUUGCAUCAAUGUUUAGACUGUGAUGCAACACUUGGACUGCCAUGUCAAAUAAAUCUACUUCAUUUGAAACUUGCUAAGAGUUUUAAGAAUUUUUGGCUUUUUGCUGAAGUGGAGGUUAAAAGUUACAGAGUAUAAAAUAACUGACAGAGUCAUGCUGAUGAUUUGUUUUCAUGUGCACAGAGGCGAGCUAAUCUAACGGUCUUCCUAAACCUCUGAACCAUCAGAUCACUGAUCUGUUUCCAGUCUAACCUGGUCUUCUUUCUGCAGGAGCGUCCAGAGACAGAGGAGAGAGAGCUCAGCAGAAAGACCGGUCCACAUCUUCAUCCAUCCAUCCGUUUCUCCCUCUAGCUCCAGAGAGGCGGAAAAGCCCCUCACCACAUCCUGCUGGUGGCGAGAAAGAGGCUGAGGGAGUGAAGGGCGAAGGUGCAGAGGAGAAAGAAACUGUGUUCCCCGCCAAGAGAGAGCUACCGAAGAAGAGGAGCGAGGCUGAUGAGGGGAAGCGAAACCAAGAGAUGGAGGAACGAGUAAAAAAGGGAGCUUUGAAAGAGGAGAGGAAGGAGUCGACAGGCAGCUCUUCGUUCGUCCACGAUGGUGUCUCCUCGUCUCCUCCUUGUUCUCUCAGAGGUAUCGACACCAUCGUGGACAAACAUCUAGGUGACUUCUCCUCUGAGAUCCAGCUCCUCCUGCAGGGGGAGAGCAUUCCUUACAGCUGCCAGCAGUCCCCACACUCCACGUCCAAACCCGAGACCUCAGCAUUCACACAUGCCUCCAUAUCCCAGUUCUCCCAGUAUGUGUCCUUCUACAACCCCUGCCCCCCGGUCCAGGACUACGUCAGCUCUCUGCAGGACAGCAUGAGCAGCAUGCUGACUGAGUUAGAGGACUGCUGGCCCAGUGACAAGCCCACCAGCAGCAAGAGGAAUGAAGCCAGUUUGGCGAGUACGGUUAGCGCUUUCGUGUCCAGCAUCAGAGCGAACGUGAAAACAGACAGAGACGAUGAGGAGCUCACUGCUGCCCCCUCUGGAGGGGACGUUUGGCAGCCGCUCACAAUCACUAAACAGUUUUCUGAUGCAGAGAACAACAGAAACUCACCGACUUUUCGCGUCACUUUAUCUAAAACUACCUCUGUGUCUGGAUCAGGCACCUCCGUCCUCCACCCUCCUCCUCUUCCUUCCACUCCCCCGCCUCCUCCUCCUCCUCCUUCUCAGCACAGCCACUUGUUGGAGAUCACACGGACAGUUCCAAAUGACCUCAGGGAAACGCAGGUCGGCGCCACCGGCAGGACUGUUCAGCGCAACUCUGGUGCAGACAGUUCAAACUAUGAGGUGACUCUGCCGGGGUUCAGCAGCAACAUCACAGAGCCGUCGCCACCCUCUGAGCCGGUCUGCAGUUCAGCCUCAGAACCCGUCCCUGUACCCGGAUCAGGCCUGGCUCCUCCUGCCACGGCCCUGAGCUCUCUGAUCAGCCAGCUGCAGCCGGAGGUGUUCAACAGCCUGGUGGAGAUCAUCAAAGACGUGAAGAGGAACUCCCUGCAGUUCUACCUCCACAGCAGCGAGUCAGGAGACCCGGUCUAUGAAGGCAUCAAGGUGAGUGGGGACGAGUUAGUGCUCUAGAAGACUAACCUCGCACAAGUACUCACUUUAAGGAUAAUCAAGAAUGAUGUCAAAGAUAGAAACAGAAAUUAAUCAUAAAUCAGCUGCAGCGAACAAACAGAAAUACAUGACAGUCCCAGACUUUAUCGGUCUAGAUUUUAAUCUGAAAAUUUGACCCACAAGAUUGAAACAGUCCACAGCUGUGAACUGAAGAUGGAAAAACUAACACUGAUGAGUUUUUUUUGUUUUGGGGAUAACACACAGGAAUUCAUUCCACAGAAAAAUGUAGUUCAGAGUGCAGAGACCUAGAGAGGAGAGAGAGGGGACAGGUGACACAGCAGGUGAAGCAGCAGGUUACUACAGAAGCUGUGAUACUGAGGCAAACUAAACUAAAGGGGGCAAAGAGGAAACAAACUACAGGAUAUAAUGUUUGAAAAACAUCCAGAGUGCCCUCCUGUUCUGAGCUCAUAACUUAGUGAAACCAGCUGUUGACCAGCUUUAACUUAACAGAGCUCAGAACGAAGAUGUCCUCACGCCCACAGGUCGUAUAUUUAUGCAGUUCUGAUUUUUCGUCCUUUUCCAAUCUCAAUCCUGACCGUCGAACAAGUAACAUGUUUCUUCAUUGAGAGAGGACUGGAGAGAAGAGUCGAAACUGACAUCAUAGACUUUUAACAUGUGAGACUGUAAACUAAUCAGGAAAAUCUUUACAAAUCUACCUCUUUUAAAUGUAGAGUCUCCCCCUGCUGACCAAUGUAAAGAAUGCAGCUUUACGGCACUAAAACACUGGCAUCACAUUUCAGACCUGAACGAGACGUCUAUGUUGGGUCAAUGUUUGAUCCUGUAGUGAAUUGAAAACAAAUUAGCAUAACAUUAGCCCUUUAAUGAGGUACUAUAGUUUUAUUUUCACACUUAUUCAGUGUGUGUGUGUGUGUGUGUGUGUUUGUGUGUGUGUGUGUGUGUGUGUGUGUGUGUGUGCGCCCUCUUGUUUUACAGGAACUGCUGUUAAAGCAGGGGAAUGUGCAGGUUCAGAGUCCUUUAUCCUUCCUGGAUGAAGAAAACCCUGAGAGCAGACUGCUGGUCAUCAUUAAGAACAAAGAGAUAUCCGGACGCGUGCAGGAGGUAAAGCUGCUGUUUGACUCUCUUCAGAUCCAAACAGAGCAAAGUUACCUGAAGGCUCACUCGAAACCGUAUACUGGGAUAAUGUGAUGAAUAAAAGUCUCAGUAGCUUUUAUUUCAGAAUAACAGGAUGUGAAGAAACGCCACGUCAGUCUGAGUCACUGCGUUGUUGAAUUUCAGAUAUUGUUUUAAUUUAGCGUGAAAACUCAUCCUUAUUCUUCACUCAGGUUAUUUUCAACUCAACUUUGAAUUGUCAAGCUGAAAAAGUGUCUUUGCGCGUCUUUGUGUUAGAUCCCGGGUCUCGUGUCUCUGAAGCGUCACCCCUCUGUGGUGUUCAUGGGAAUCGACAUGCCUGACGACGUCAUGAACAACAGCUUCAACGAGCUCUUUGUCUCUGGCGGCUGCAUCGUACCUGACGAGUUAAUCCUCAAUCCAGACCUCAUCACUUAUGGUAUCUAAGGGGCUCUUCUUACUCUAGAUCCUCCUGACACGUUAAGAGUCAGUGAGCUGAAAAAAUCUUUGCAGUCGUCCUUUAAUCUUUGUUCUGACUGUCUGAUGAUGAUGAUGACGAUGAUGCUCUGUUGUUUUGCAGAGCGUCUCGCUGCUUUGCUGCUGUUCCUGGAGCAGCAGAGUUCUCCGGAGAGUGUGUGGAGGUGGAAGGUUCACUGCAAAACCCACAAGAAACUCAAAGAACAAGCCAGGUAGAGGCGAUAUCUAUCUCUCCGACUGUAAACUUUCAACUCUAUGAAGGGAAAAUAAAAAAGAGAGUUCACCCACAUCAUGCCGAAAAUCACCUUUGUUCAUAAACCGUCUGUCUCUUCUGUAUCAGCCUCUACCUUCACUGUCCUGUGGCAGAAGAACAAACCUUUGUUUUGUUUUCAGGUUCAGGAGAGAUGCAGCCAACCUUCUGGACUUGCUGUCAACCUAUCAGAAGCGGCAGAUCGUGGAGUUCCUCCCGUAUCACCACUGCGACAUGAUGAACCAUCAGUCACCCGACCUGCCGUGUCUUCUGGAGCUGCAGUCGCGAUACACACAAUACCGGCACACCGUCUUCCUCACCGGUACGUCCGUUUAGGUGUCUUAAAUACUCCAAACUACAGUCAGUCAGCAGGUGACGUCUUGAGUGGGUGUUUCUUUUCCUUUUAUUCCACUCAGAGCAUCAUUUUGAGAAGUUCGCUGCCUACUCCAGUGUUGGUGUCAUCGUGGCGAGUAUCGAUGAAAUCCUGCACAACUUCUCCAAACUGGUUGGUGACCAAGACGUCCGGGAUGAGCAGCCAGUCGGGGACGAGAUUCCAAAAGGUAAGCUGUUGAAGUUUAUUCAGAAAGAUGUGGAACUGAGCCGUGUGACCCAUGAGAUUCACGAGACUCUGCAUGUUCAUGUUCACUGUAGCCUUCGCUGCUGUGUCGGGCUCACUGCAGCAUCAUGGAUAUUCAAGCAAAGAGGAAAAAUUCAUCCAAAUCCUCCAGCAGGUGGACUCCCAAACCAAAGGUUGGUCUCCUCUCCCACAGCCAAAAGUCUCUGAGCCUUUAACUCGCCCACAACAAGCCGGAAAUGAGGUGCAGUUUCUGGACGUGAAUGGGGCGCAUAUACCGCACAAAUGCUGGAGGACACCUGAAAACUGGCACAAAAUAUCAGCAGUUACUCACGGCAGGGCGUCAUACCCAGACCUUUGGGUCCCCGAUCGGCAAGAGCUGACAGAGUUGAAGAAACAGUCCCAAGUCUUCAAAGUGUACAUGACACAGCCUCGGCACCUGUGUAGGGGGACCUACCCUGCAAGUGUGACCGCCUAUGACCACCCUGUGGGUAAGUGGGCAUAUGUAGAAGCACUGGGCUUCAGAGGAGAGGCUGAAGUGGGAGUGUGUAUCAUCUCAAAGAUGGCCCAGUACAGUCUUGGUCUAACAGGACUGUGAAGACUUGAAGGAGAGAGAGAGCUGAGAAAACGGACUUCACUGUAAGUUAUGUAAUUGUCCACCUCUGAUUGUAUGACUUCAUAACCUCUGUUUGAGGGGACAGUCCUGGUUCAGGGGCUGCAGCCUUUGCAGGACCAGGUCUUUGAGGGACCCAGCCUCUGGUGCCUGUUUGAACCACAGCGGCUGAAACCUGAUUGUGUCACCGGCUGUUACCACCAUGAAGCUGCCCCUGUCACACAGCAACGGAAGACAAGUGUCUCUUAGUUUGAUCGACAUGGCCUCCCUCUGUUUCCACAUUUGCUCUUCUCACCGCUGAGUCAAAACCACAUCCUACUGUAACUGGGCUGUUGAAGAGUCGGCCAUCAUGGACAAGGACUUGCAGAAGGAUGAACUUGAUGCUCCCUCGGUCACAUUUAGGAGAGCUUUGCGUCUGUUACAUGGUUGGUCUUAAAUGCAGCCUUCAGAGGAUUCAGGCUCUACAGAAGGGAGAGGAGUGAAAAGGUGACCAACAGUGAUCCCUUGUCUUUGUUUCGGUCUCCAGCUGAUGUCGUCUCUCCUCAUCCAGAUCCACAGUCCUGUUUUUACUGCCUGGUUAAACAUCUCUCCUCUGCUGCCUUCUGCUCUGUCCUCACUCUCAGCUCUCCUUGUAAUGAAACAGCUGAUUGUGCUCUUCUCUUCUGGACAAACCUUAACUUUUAGUCCUCACUGUUGAGCUUCUGCUGCCAUCUCUGCAUAUCUACGCUUUCGACCUCUCUGCCUGAACGAGUCCUUCAGGGCCCCGGCAGGUCUUUGAAAUGAACUCUUCUCUAGCUGGUCUCUACAUCUGGCCUGGGGUAGGUGAGGACUAUUUCCUGGUGUCUGUAUAAAAAUCAGCCUUCGUGGACAGUCUGAAGAGCGGCUCUUUUUCUGAUUACUUCCUAAAUUUGCCUGUCGUCUGUCAUCUUUCAUUUCCUGCUGCUGAGCAUUGUACCGCCUGGUUUGUUGCCGUGUUCACGCCUCUCUGCACACAAUGAGCGCAGUAGGCCCCCCCUUGCAGAGUAUUAGUUAUCUGGAGCCAGCCUCAAGUGGAAGCUUGAGGAACUGUAGUUUUUUUGCUCCACAUUGGCUUCAUCUCUGAAAACCUGAGUUGCAGUUUGGGUAAGUUCCAGCAGGGGGAGCUCCCUCAAACCCAAACAUGCCCCUCAUGGAGGUGUCUGACUCAGAGAUGACCGCUGUUCAAUCAUCCAGACGUCUUCCUGAUGGUGACACGUGGACAGAGAUGCUGUUGCGGAGACUCUGACCUUCGGUAUGAUAUGAAUGUUUGUUAUUUUGAAGUUGAAAUGGUGCGGCAUAUCCUGAGGUGGUCUAUGAAGUCCAGUCUGAAGUGGCUCCUGUGAAUGUCUGCAGGUUUUUAAAGUCUCUGUAUUUUCCUGUUUUCUCACAGAGCUCAUCCACCCCAUCUCCUCCACUGACCAGCCCCAUCACCUCCUCCAUCAGUCCACCUCUGUCCCACCUCCUCCCUCAGACCUCUCAGACCAGCUGGUCCCAGACGCCUCCUGUAAGGACAGGCCCCUGCAGUCCACCCCCGAUUUUGAGGUUCUCCGUCAGGCCAUCUCUCAGUUGCGGGCGGAGCGGCAGGCACAGCUGCAGGAGCUUCAAGAGCUUGAGAAGAUGCAGCAGCAGCGUAUCCAAGCCAAAUCCCUCCAAAGACACCAACCAAGCCCCGCUGACGCCGACACUUCCUCAGGUCCUGGUGAGCCGGUCCAGACCACCUCGGGAAAAACAGCUGUGGCAGCUACUCUGGACUUGAUUCACUCAGCACUGCAGGGGGAGGAGGAGGAAGAGGGGGGAAGAGCGGAGAGAGGAGGAGAAGGAGAAACCAGAGAUCAGAGGGAGGGUGAUCCAGUAAGAGUGCGGGGGACGCUGAGACCAAACCAGGGUCUGCAGGGUGAAACACCGGCCCUUUUGACCAAUCAGAACCAAGCAGCGGCGCAAGUACAGAGCCAUCAGAAAGAUUUAACCAGUGACCGGAGCAAGACAGCAAAUGAGCAACAUGGAGACACAGUGUCCUCCAGUACUGCAGAUGGUCCUUCAGGGGGCGACAGAUCAAGGUCAGUGCACAGUGCACAGUGAACAGGUUCACAGGUUCACAGGUUUGAGUUCAUUCAGUCUGCACAUUCAAACAUUCUGAACGGGUUCCUGUGCAGGUCCAAGUCUGAGCAGUCUCACAGCAUGUUGUCAAGGGAACCACAGUUUUUAGAACAGUAGAAUAGAUAAAAACUAUUGAACAAUAAAGAAUAUCAUCAUCAUCAUCAUCAUCAUCAUCAUCAUCAUCAUCAUCAUCAUCAUCACUCUGAAUACAUAACUGUGACCAUGACUUUUGUUAGAAUGACAAUGUAGCCAAAAAGGACCUCCUACUCUGUUCUUAUUGGCCGAGUUGUGGUUUUAAACUUGACCUAGCAUGAUCUGUAGCAGUUCCUCUGGACCCAGACCCAAAACCAGAUGAAGCGUAAAAAAAAUAACUCGCUUAAAGAAAUAGUUCACAUUUCUGCUCUUGGUUUGGUUCGCUCCUGCAGCUCAUAAAAAGACGUAAUUAAAUCCAGUCUGUUUGAGACCUUUAGGUGGAUUUUGGUGGAGGAGGUCUGAUGGUAGAUCUCCUGAAAUGUCCCAUCUCGUGUCUGAACUUUGUUUUCCCCUCUUGCAGAAAACCCCAGUCUGACACGGGACCUCCAACAGCUAAAAGCAGCACUGCGGGAGCUGUGAGUGACACAGGGGUAUCAGGAAGUGUCACCGUGGUAACCGAGCCUGAGAAGAACCGGAGCACCCCUGCACCACAACAACAGACCCAGCAGAGUCUGUCACCAUUACAGGUACCGAACCAGGUCCAGGGGCGGGGUGCCGGCCUUCUGCACCUUCCUCAGCCCCGCAAUCAGACUUUCUCCCCUCGCCAGCUGCUGACCCCCUUGAGCUCUCUGAGAGGGCUGAGGAGCCUGCUGAGGCCCACGCCAUUGUGGACUGGCCCCUGGGGUUUUCAACAGACCGGCAGGGACUUCUCUGGACCCGGACUGCUGGGGGAGUACCAACCCAACGCACAACCAGGGGGCCAGUGGCACAGAAGGGGGCAGAGAGGACGGGGCUUUAACAGGAUGUAGAGAGGCAGUUUUUAAUCACACCAGCUUUAAAUCACCUACAAAAGGGUUCAAGUUUAGGGAGCAGAGGAAGACCAAACCUGUGAGUCUGAGCGAGAGGAUAAAACAUGCACAUACAAAACCAGGAAAACACUCCGGGGGCUGAAGAAAGCAGGACGGAGUGACAACAGUCCGUGUGCAGCUCUACAAGCUCCUUAGUCAUUCUUAUGAGAUCAGCACUGAGUGUGAUUUAGACCAAAAUACUGAAACAGACACCCAGAGUGAAAGCAGAAACAUCGACGGGGCCUCAGAGAAGUGAUGAUUAUUGAGUUUUCAUGAAAGGCUGACUGUCUUAGUUUGUUCCUGCUUCAGCAGAAAAGACAUCCCGACAUAUUUUUAUUUCUUUAAGAAAAAAACUAAGAACAUUUUCUACCACCUGUUGUUUUUUUCCUUUAAUCUGGUCCCCUGUUUAAUUCUCCUCCUGAUCAGCCAAAAUGUCUGAGAGCUUGGAGGUGUCGAUCCAGGACUGUGAAAAGACCCCAGACCCAGCCCUGCUGCACCACCUGGUGAAGUUUGCUGCUUUAGAUACUGACCAGAAAACAAACCUGCACCUGCUCAGUCUGACCCUGAAACCACUACCUGAUCAAACUGAGAGUUAAAGGGAUAUUCCGGUGUAAAUUUAAGUUAGGGACAAACACACUGUAACACUUAGACUCCCCCCUGGAGAGAUAAAUGUUGCCGACUGCUUGCUCUCUAGUUAUAUCAACUUCAGAAACGACCACAGGGCUUUUUGGUUAGGGUUUGCGCGUGGAGACGUAGACCGCUCUGUAUUGCUGUCAUUUUGUCGUUACUAAAGUUGAUAUAACUAGAGAGCAAGCAGUCGGCAACAUUCAUCUCUCCAGGGGAUGAUAACUUAAUUUUAGGCUGGAAUGUCCCUUUUAAGGUUGUGCUGGUUCCUGCUCUCCUUCACUGAGACUUCCUUUGUUUCACAGUCUCAGGUGUGAUCAGCUUAAGAGACUUCAGCCCAACUCUCUCCACUCUGUCUCCUGAUGCUGCUCCGUUUAAUAGCAUGAACUAUAACGGACCGGCAUCUCCUCUCUUUGGAUCAAUAAAGGAACCCCUGAAGAAUUUGUUCAGCAUUUACCUCCUCAAAAAAGACCUUCAGGAGGUUUUUUAAACUGAGGAAACAUGAGCUGCUUAUCUCAGAGACUUGGAAGAAGUGAAAAAGAAAAAACUGUAAAGAAAGAUAGGCUGCCUUACACGUCUUCCAGUGGACUCUCUGUCUGGAGUUUUGUACUGACUGUUUGUUUUGUUCAUCUGGGAGCAGUUUGUGUUCAGAAGGUUGUGACUGUAAAAUACAUUUUUAACUUAAAGCUCUUUUUUAUGUUUUUUUUUUACUUAAGAGGAUUUUGUAUUAAAACUUGCCUGUUUAAUGAAGAGUCGGCCUCCGAAAGUUUAUCCACAAAGACUCAAAUUUAGCUAAUCGGAGGAUCUGUGUUGUGUUUACAUGCAGACUUUUUUCUCAUUCGGAUUAUAAUCAUUCCGAUUGAAGCUCCCAGGCGAACUGUUUACAUGGAAGCGAUCUAUUCUGAUCUGGUGUUUACAUGUGCCACGGCAUUCAAUCGGAACAGCUAUUUACAGACACGUGAUACCUUCAAACAUCACGUGAUUGAUUGAUCACGUGAUCUCCGACGCAGACCAGUGCAUCGUGCUCUGCUUGGAAGCCGCC